AUGGUUAGCAGUGUCAAGGUGCACUGCCCGAGGACCCUCCCCCCGGCCGGCCGAGCACGGCCCCUACCUCCUGCGGCGCUCUUCCGCCCGGGGAGAUGGCUGCAUUUGCCCAGUCAUGGACCUGCCUUCCGGGCGGAGCGCCCGCAGCGUCCAGCCCCAAAGCACCUGGUCCAUGCACUGAGCGGCAACAACAGGAACGGCCAUGCCUCGUCUGCCGGCGAUGCAGAGGUGGAGGAAGUGAACCUCGAUGACAUCCUGGGUCAGGGCGAGGGCACCCCGGCUGCGGCACAGGCAGGCGCACAGGCGUCCUUGGAGGACGAGUAUGAGGAUGACGAUGAGGUCAUCGGCUUGGAUGACAUAAUCCAGGGCCACCUGGGGGACGAGGAGGGCGAGGACACGGACCCGGAGGCCGAGUCUGGGGACGAGCUGCUGGAUGACGCGCCGGAGGGCCCCCACGAGCUGCGUCGCAAUGAGUACCCCGAGCCACCCGAGCGGCGCUGGCGGCUGCGCGACCUCUUGCAGGCGGCCGGGGUGGUGGCGCUCGGGCCCGAUGGCGCGGAGCUCCCAUUUUCCAGCCUCCCGGAGCUGGAGAUCUCCAACCUGCUCACCUGCAACUCACCCCAGGGCCUGGACCAGGCCCUGUAUGUCUGCGUCCCCGCCACCGAUGCCGACGCCGACGGGCACGACUUUGCUGACCGGGCGCCCGACCAGGGCGCCGUUGCCGUGCUGGCCCAGGCGGGGCGGGAGGUGCCGGAGUGCAGCGUGCCCGUGCUGCGGGUCGCCGACCCCGCGGCCAGCCUGGGCCGCCUGGCGGCCGCGUUUUACGGGAACCCCAGCCGCAGCCUGAAGACCGUGGCAUUCGUGGGGACGCACGGCAAGACGACCGCUGCCUGGCUGACGCGGGGCCUGCUGGAGGAAACGGGGGCGCUGACCGGCAUGAUAGGGACGAUAGAGUACGCGAUCGCAGAGGAUCGGCUGGACGAGGAGGGGGCGCUGUGGGCGCCCGAGGAGGACGACCCCUCUGCGGACAGGGAGUCGUCCUCCCCCUUCCACAUCCUGCCCUACGAGGGCAAGUACGGGUGCCCCGAGACCACACCGGACCCCCUACACCUCCAGAAAGUGCUGGCUGGGGUCAAGGACCGGGGCGCCACCCACGCCGUGGUGGAGCUGUCGCUCCAGAGCCUCAUACGGGACGACCCGGUGCCGGAGAUCGCCCCCGACGUGCUGGUCUUCACUUGCCUCCUGGACGACGACCUGCCCGUGGGUCUGACCCCGGCAGCCUGCUGCCAAGCGAUCCAGCAGGCUUUUGCGCGGCUGGCGCCCGGCAGCACGGCCGUGAUCAACGUGACUGACGCCUUUGGAGCUGAGCUGGCGGCGUCGGUCGCGGCGGCGGGCCGCGCGCGUGUCCUGCGCAUGUCCACCGCCCCCACCCCCCCCGGCUCCCCGCCCGCCGACGUGUUUGCGGAGCGUACCAAGCACAGCAUCUGGGAGAGCGAGGUGGUGGUCACCACCCCCGCCGGCCGCCUGCAGGUCAUCCUGCCACUGCUGGGCGCGGCGCACGUGGGCAACGCGCUGGCGGCAGUGGCCGCCGGCUGUGCGCUGGCCAUCCCGCUGCCGGCGGUGGUGGCGGGGAUGGAGGGCGUGGACGUCAUCCCCGGCCGCUCCGAGGACCCGCACCGCGUGCCGCAGUGGUACCAGAGCUUCCUCACGCAGUACCAGAGCGAGGUGGGGCGGUACGUCAUCGAGGACCGCUUCUCAGCCAUCCGUGUCGCCAUCGGUAUGGCCAAGCCCAAGGACCUGAUCCUGGUCCUGGGCAAGGGGCACGAGGACUUCCAGGAGUACUGGGGGGGGCAGGAGCUGGGGGAGACCGUCAAGGGCUGGUUUGACGACCGGGUGGAGUGCCGCGCUGCGUUGGGCAGGCUGCCGUCCCUGGAAAAGUUGAAGGACCUGGACAGGUCCUUCCUGCCCUGGACCAGGUACCCGGAGGAGCGGGAGGGCAUGCUGGCCUCCAUCCUGGAGGAGGAGCUGAAGAGCAAGGGCACGGCGGAGCCGGCCAUGCGGCAAGUCUUCGGCCCCACGCCGGCCGUUGCUGCGGGGGUGGAUGGCGCCGACGACGGCGCGUGA